AGCUGUUCUUUUCCUCAACUCCUGGCGCCAUGGCGUUCAUCCGCACGCUGAAAGCGAGAGAGAUUCUGGACUCCAGAGGCAACCCCACCAUCGAGGUGGACCUAGCGACAGACAAAGGCCUCUUUCGUGCUGCAGUCCCUUCAGGCGCUUCUACUGGCGUCUAUGAAGCACUAGAGCUGCGGGACAAGGAACCCACCAGGUAUUUGGGGAAAGGCGUGUUAACGGCCGUGAAGAAUGUGAACGAGGUGAUCGCCCCGAAGUUCUUCGGAAAGAGCGUCCUGGAACAGGCCGAACUAGACAAGAUGAUGUAUGAGGAGAUGGAUGGAUCUCAGAACGAGUGGGGGUGGAGCAAAGCUAAGCUAGGCGCCAAUGCAAUUUUGGCUGUUAGUAUGGCCAUUUGCCGUGCAGCAGCUGCGUGCAAGAAUCAGACGCUCUACCAGCGUGUUGCGGAGCUGGCUGGGAAACCGACGGACAAGUUCGUGCUGCCCGUGCCUGCUUUCAACGUCAUCAACGGCGGUAGCCAUGCUGGCAAUGGGCUUCCUGUCCAGGAGUUCAUGAUCCUUCCAGUUGGCGCCUCCAGCUUUCGGGAAGCCCUGCAGAUCGGUGCUGAGGUGUAUCACCACCUCAAGAAGGUCAUCCAGGAGAAGUACGGCCAAGAUGCCACCAAUGUGGGAGAUGAGGGCGGCUUUGCGCCCAACGUCACGGAGAGUGAUGAGGCGCUAGAGGUCUUGAUGGCAGCUAUUGAAAAAUCCGGCCACGCUGCAAAAGUCAAGCUUGGCACGGAUGUGGCCGCAUCGGAGUUUUACAAUGCGGCUGAGAAGAAGUACGACCUCUACUGGAAGGACCCGGCCAAAAAGGGGCAGAAGUUGAUGAACACCACUGAGCUCGCUGACUACUUCAAAGGGUGGACAGAAAAGUACCCGAUGGUGUCCAUCGAAGAUCCGUUCGACCAAGACGACUGGGAUGGAUAUCGGCCCUUCACGGCCGCGGUGGGAGACAAGGUGCAGAUCGUGGGAGACGAUUUGCUGGUGACCAAUCCCAAGCGUAUUGGCAAAGCCGUUGAGGAUGGUGACGCCUGCAAUGCUUUGUUGCUGAAGGUGAAUCAAAUCGGCUCCAUCUCGGAGGCCAUCGAGGCAUGUAAGAUGUGCCAAGACAGAGGUUGGGGCGUCAUGGUAUCGCAUCGAUCUGGCGAGACGGAGGAUGUGUUCAUCGCAGAUCUCUCUGUUGGCCUCAGAGCUGGGCAAAUCAAGACUGGCGCGCCCUGCCGAUCAGAAAGGAAUGCCAAGUACAACCAGCUGUUGCGUAUCGAGGAGGAGCUUGGCGACCGUGCAGUCUACGCUGGGCUGAACUUCCGGAAGCCCAGCGCUUGAUCGCUUGUCACCCUCGCAGAUCGUGAA